GUCAAGGUCUCCCCCAACUACACAAAACAAAAACCCCUCUCUCUCUCUCUCUCUCGCUCUCCGAGACCCCAAAAACCAAAAAUGGCUCUCCGUCUCUUCCUCCUCAUCGCCGUGUUUUCCCUCACCCUCUUCUCCGUCUCGGUCAGGUCCUCCGACUCGGACCUUGUAUCAGAACUCCUGGCCCUCCAGUCCCACUCCAAAUCGGGCGUUAUCCACCUCGACGACCGCUCCGUCUCGCGCUUCCUGACCUCGCCCAAGACCCCCAGGCCCUACUCCCUGCUCGUCUUCUUCGACGCGACCCAACUCCACGACAAGGCCGAGCUCCAGCUGAAGACCCUCCAUGCCGAGUUCUCGCUCCUCGCCAAAUCCUUCAUCACAAACAACCAAGACCCCGAUUCCUCCUCCCACGGCAAGCUCUUCUUCUGCGACCUUGAGUUCAAGGAGUCCCAGUCCAGCUUCGCGCUCUUCGGCGUCAAUUCCCUCCCUCACAUCAAGCUCAUCGGCCCGAAUCAGACCCCGAAACAGUCCGAUCAGAUGGACCAGGGAGACUUCUCCAGGCUUGCCGAGUCGAUGUCCCAUUUCGUCGAGUCCAAGACCAAUCUCGUCGUCGGCCCGAUCCACCGCCCACCGUUUCUCUCGAAGAAGCAAUUGGCGUUGGUCAUUGUGGGUAUUCUCAUUUGGAUUCCAUUUGCUGUGAAGAAGAUUGUGAUGGGUGAGACUCUGCUCCACGACCCGAAACUCUGGCUGGCGGGUUCGGUGUUCGUCUACUUCUUCAGCGUCUCGGGCGCGAUGCACAACAUCAUUCGGAAGAUGCCCAUGUUCCUGGCGGACCGGAACGACCCAAACAAGCUGGUAUUCUUCUACCAGGGCUCGGGAAUGCAGCUCGGGGCGGAGGGGUUCGCGAUCGGGUUCUUGUACACGAUUGUGGGUCUGUUGCUGGCGUUCAUGACGCGUGUUCUCGUGAAGGCGAAGAAUGUGAACGUGCAGAGGGCGGUGAUGAUUGUUUCGCUGUUCGUUUCUUUUUGGGCGGUCAAGAAGGUGGUCUAUUUGGAUAAUUGGAAGACUGGUUAUGGGAUCCAUGGAUUUUGGCCUUCAAGUUGGUAAUAAGCUACAAAAAGGUUUUGCUUUAUAAUAAUCUUCACCUUGUUUGCUUUGGAAGAAUUACGCUAGGGAGCACUUGAGGUGGGAGUGGACCAAUUGGCUAAAUGCUCAGAGGCUAGAUAGGUUAGGGAAGUCUAACAGUGGUUUAUCGGGUUGGAUGGAACAAUGGCGAUAUUGCGUUUGGUAAAGUUGUUACUGUGAGAUCCCUCCACGACGUCUAAAGUAUGAUAGAUUGGUUAUGCUGAGUUCCAUCAAUUUAUAAUUUGCAUUUGACGAUAAUAUAGUGAUUUGUAGUGAUAGCUAUUUCUGAAUAUCAUUUACCGUUGACAUUGCUAGCUGCCAUGCCCCCUCUUCAUAACUCCGUCAUUUUAAUCUUGCUUUUUUAGUAGGCUGUUUAUUCUGUUUGAGUGUCCUGGUUGUGAUGGCAUAAAUGGUAUUUGCCUAUUUUUCCGGAUGAGUCACUUGUCUAUAUUAUUUAUCCAAAUACAUUAUGAAGGAUC